AUGCCGAUCAAGUCUGGGGUGCUCUUUAAGCGCGGCGCGGGCGGCCUCUUUCAGCGCAAGAACUGGAAGCCGCGGUACUUUGAGCUCUCGGACCAUGCGCUGCGCUACUAUACGCACCAAGGCGGCGCGUGCAAAGGACAGGUUUGCCUCGACGACCUCGACUCGAGUGCGCUCGAGCUCAUGCCGACCGACCUCCCCAAGACAGGGUCGUCGGCAUCCACGGGCUGGCGCAUUGCGAUCCAGACGCCGACGCGUCGCUUUGUCGUGGCAGCAGCCACGCACCGCGAAAUGACCGAGUGGAUGGCGGCCCUCUUGACGAUCUUGGCGUCGCAUGCGAAACCAAAACCAACCAAGCAUCGGAAUUCGAAUUGCUUUUGCCCGCGCCCGAUCGUUGCCUUGCGAUGA